AUGUGCACCAGCGGCCAGAUUAUCGGGAGCCUCUUGGUGCUCUCUGUGCUGGAGAUAGGGCUGGGGGUGUCCAGCGUGGCCGUGGGGGCGGUCAGCUUCAGCCUGGCCCUCCGACAGCACAAGCCGCAGCUCGGAGACUCGUCCCCGUUUCUUCUUUGUGGCAUAUGUGGAAUAUUGUGCGCCAAAAAAAAAUCCGGACUUGUCAUGAUCCUCUUUUCUGCCUGCUGCAUCUGUGGACUCAUUGGGGGCAUCCUGAAUUUUCAGUUCCUUCGGGCAGUGACAAAGAAGACCUCUUCCCUUUACCCUCUGCAUCUCGCAUCCAUGUCUCUUGCUUGCAUUGGGAUCGGGGGCUGCACCCUCUCUUCAUGGCUCACUUGUCGACUGGCCAGCUAUGAACAGAGGAGGAUGUUCUCAGAAAGGGAGCAUUCGCUGCACCACUCUCAUGAAAUGGCCGAGAAAGAAAUGACAGACAGCAUGAGCAAUGGAGGACCACAACUGAUAUUUAAUGGAAGAGUAUAA